ACUUUGGAAACUGGGCACUUUGCCUGAACACACAGCUAGGCCACAAGGCCAUUAUACUUUAGGUGUAACGGAUUCACUCAAUUGUCCAACCAACUAUGAAGCUUGUAUAACUACAGAGAUGCCCGUCAUGCAUACAGUGGGAAGCCCAGAUUGUGGCUUAACCCGCUCAGCUCAACAGACUAUGUCAAGGAGUCAUUGCAGAAAUAUCAGGCAGAAGAUCUCCCAGUGGGAAUGCAGGACCAGCAGUGGCUCAUGCGAAAACCUCCUUGAUUUAAAACCCAGAAGAUCUUUUAGUGCGCAAAAUGGAAUUACAAAAUCAACUGAAAAUCUACUGGAUAACAGAAAGCCAGCAAUAAAUCAUGGCAAGAACAUGGACUUGGAUUUUAGGGAAGGUAGUAGAGGCAACUUGUUGGAUGAUGAAAGCAACAAAGUAAUCCAUGAAGAAAAUAUUUAUGAAGACCAGCUAGAAAGCCCACCAUACUUUAGCAAAAAAGAAAGCCCUUUUUUAAAUCCUGACAUGGACCUUCCUCCAGGAAAUUUUUACACUUCUCCAGAAAUGUUUAAGAAAAGCAAUGUGAUUGUUGAUGACUUAAGAGAAAUGGCUUUAAAAUGUAAGCAAAGAAGAGCUCAGAGCAUUUCAGUGGAAAAGGAACUUAAUUUGAGAUGUCUGUCAGAUCAAAACAUUGCUAUGAAGAGCGCAGAAGAUGACUAUUACGAUACAGAGCCAUUGAAUGAUGGGCCAUUCAUAAACCCUGUACCCAAGCCACGAAGGACAUUUCGCUAUGCCAACUGUAAUCGCCCAGAGAAACGUAUGGAGGGUAACCACAGGAGGAGAAAGUCUGUAGAUGAAAGUGACACAGAAUCAUCUGAUCCCUCCAUUCCACCUUCUGAGCCAAAGAAACCUGCAAGCAGGAAACUGAGACCAAGAUCAAAAAGGAAAUCCUUUGAAUAUGAAGAUGUUCAAACAUACAGACGUCUUAUACAACAAACAAACCAUCCUCAGAUCUCCGAAGAGCCUAGCGAAGUCACACAAUCUACUCUCUAUCACACAUUGUCUGAAGACAACAUCUAUGAGGACAUCAUGUAUCCACAGAAGGAGAACCCUUACGAAGAUAUCAAAAUAUCUCCUUUACCAUUAUGGCGGGUCCCAAACACAUGGAAGAUCCCACCUCCACGAUGCACAAUAAAAGCACCCAAGAUUCCAUCAAGAACAAACUUUCUAAAAAGGCAGACAUUGGAGCUGAAAAGUACCAAGCUGUACAUUCACAAGAAGGCCACAAAGGAUGCAACCUUACCGGUAACACUGAUGGAGUGGAAAGUGUUCAAAAGUGGAGGAGACACUACAAAGAAGAAAAAGAAGUUCCCAAGGCUGGUAAUGAAAAUACAGGAUAUUUUUGAUACGAAGCGUGGAAAAAAGAAAGUCAAAGUUCAGACAUUCAAUGGACAGGACACUACUUCAUCCAAAGGAGACGCAAGUGAAUCUGAAAGUGAAGCAGAGGAUCGUCAGAAAAAACACAAUAAGCGUUUGGCUCAUGUCCAGAAUUCCCUGAAGCGCAACCCUCAUUACCAGACUCUAGAGCGGGACCUUAUUGAACUUCAAGAACAGCAACUGUUUGAGCUGUUUGUGGUUGUUUCUCUGCAGAGGAAGCCGACAGGAGAUACCUAUGUUCCCUAUAUAACACAGCAGUACCCCAGUAAGAAUGAUCACCCACUGAAGCAAUCUAAAGACACAGAGGAGAGGUUAAAAGUCAUCCCACAGUUUUGCUUCCCUGAUUCAAAAGACUGGGCUCCUGCGUCAAAUUUUAAAAGUGAAACCUUUUCAUUUGUACUGACCGGUGAAGAUGGCAGCAGAUGGUUUGGCUACUGUAGGAAGCUUUUGCCGCAGGGAAAAGGCAAACGUCUACCUGAGGUUUACUGCAUGGUUAGCCGUCUGGGCUGUUUCAAUCUGUUUUCUAAGAUCUUAGAUGAAGUAGAGAAGAGGAGAGAAAUGUCUCCAGCUCUGGUGUCUCCAUUUAUGCGCAGCGUCAUGGAAGCUCCAUUUCCUGCACCUGGACGAACCAUAACCGUAAAGAGCUUUCUGCCUGGAUCAGGAAAUGAGGUUAUUGAGCUGUGUCGGCCAAUGGACUCCCGUCUGGAACAUGUAGACUUUGACUGCUUAUUUAGGUGUCUCAGUGUUUGCCAUCUUAUUAAAGUUUUUGCUUCUCUGCUGCUUGAGAGACGGGUUAUCUUUGUAGCCGACAAUCUUAGCACGUUAUCCAAGUGUGCUCAUGCAGUGGUUGCCAUGCUUUAUCCUUUCACCUGGCAGCACACCUACAUCCCUGUCCUUCCAGCUUCCAUGAUUGACAUUGUGUGUUCUCCAACUCCAUUCCUUAUUGGUAUUCUUUCGUGCUCAUUACCUCUACUAAGUGACCUCCCCAUUGAAGAGGUUUUAAUUGUUGAUCUCUGUGGCAACAAGUUCAUUCAACAGUUGUCAGAUGAAGAUGACAUUUUACCUCACAAGCUCCAAGCUGCACUGGUCCAGAUCUUAGAGCAGAGAAAUGAUAUCCUGUAUCAUGAUCACAAUUUCACUGAAGAAGUCUCUCUGAACACCCUGGUAUCAGAGGCCUUUGUGUGGUUCUUUGUGGAGAUUGUUGGACAUUACUCUCUGCACAUGUAUGUGAAUGAGAAGGGUGAGCGUAUUUUCCAAAGAGAGCCUUUUCGCAAGUCGCAUACUUCAAGAAGUGUACGCCAAUUUCUUGAUCUCUUUAUGGAGACACAGAUGUUUGCUGGAUUCACACAGGAUCGGGAGUUACGAAAGAGUAUCGUUAAAGGUCUUUUUGAGGUACGAGCCUGUGAAUACUUGAAGACACUUCCUGAGACAGAGCCCAGUGGAGUCAAUAAAUUUCUGAAAGGCUUAAGUAGUAAAAUUAAGUUUCUUCAAAAGAAAUAA